AUGCCCCCGACACGAUCCCGACGCCAUUCUGUCGCCCAACAGGGUAACAGUGAUGAUCUUAGCGCAGUUCAGGCGCUGCAUGUGUCUGUUCCUCUGAAACCGCAGCACACGCCGACUGCGUUGCCCCCGCGACUGACUCAAGCGGUCAAAGAUGAGUUCGCCAACCGCUACCUGCAGCAGAUCGGUGCCAACUCCACUCCGGAGAACAUUGUCAUGGUGUUGCAGCACUUACCACUGGAGAAGUGCGCGGUUUCGGCAGCCUGGAAAUCGCGCGGGUCCCUGGCUGACGUGUUGGCCAUCGACCUGAAUCCCAAGUCCCUCACGCAGGCAGGAGAAGCUCCACUGUUCUCACCGAGACGACAGCUUCGGGGUCAGCAGACUCGUCAUGCCUUCCAGAUUGGCACGGUCUCUUUCACUUUUGACGACAUGAAGCGAAAGUUCCUGCUACCUUUCAAGCUGGCCACUCCCCCACCUGAGCCCGAUGUGUUGAAGCUAUACGGGACUCAUGCUGCAGUGGAUGCAUUGUCGCAGAACCAAGUAGAUCAGGCUGGUGCUGCGCCUAGCUCACCGAAUUCUGUUCGCAAAUGGAAAGCUCAACGACGACUCAAAUCUGUCGACGAACGGUGCAUACCGCCAAGCUCUAGCGACGACACUGUGGCUGAAAUGCACAACGAGUUCUUCCUAACCCUGCCUCUGGCAACACUGGGGCUGCCCGAGGGUGAUGAAGAUACACGCGCAGUGCUUUACGAAGCUUUGGUUAGUCCUGCCAUGGUAGAACUCGUCCAGAGCACCGUGAGAUAUCUCUAUCUGACGGUGAUACACCCGUCCACCACUGCCAAAGGGGGCAAACGUAGCAACUAUGAGCAAGACGCCCUAUUCGUCUCCAUUGCACAACGGUUUGCGAUUCUGCGAGCGAAGAUGGAUCGCAAGCAGCGCUCAACCGCACGACCUCAACUCGCGGUGCUCAUUCCAUUGCUGCUGCUUGCGCUUCGCGUUGACGUUGAGACUCUUGUACGACUGCAGUACCCCAUGAGCUUCGCAUGUGUCGCUGAGGAGAUGGCUCGAAUUCUGCAAGUGAUGGACGAGCGCAUCUCACAGCUCCUGGACCCUGAUGCGAACUGGAGUCGUCUAGCGGCACUGGAGACAACCCACGAGGCAGGCCAGGCUCGAGCGUCGUCUAGCUUUCAGCGAGCUCGUCGUCACCGACGCCUUCGAGACCAGUUCUUCCAGACCAGCGCCGUACUCCACGGUCUCUUCCCAGACCCCUCAUCCGGCAAGUCACGCCGCGUAAUGACUCUCCGUGGCGGUGCUGGGAUCAGCAACUACCCCGAGCUCUCCAGCGAUCCGCCCGAAGCAUUAUUCAAAGAUGCAGCGAUAUCCGUCUCGGUCGCCUCCAAACUCUCCCUUCUCCGGAGUCUUCGCCGCUCGCAGCCAACCUAG